AUGGGGCCCUCGGUGAAAUUAGCGAGUAAGCCGACCCCUCCCGACUACGAAGGCAGCGCGCUGGAGAAGGUGUACAACGUGAUGGCAGCAUCAUUCACUGAGGGAUUCCCUGCUGACGGAGAUCAUCUGAAGGCAGCACAAGUGACAUAUGAAGUCGUCAUGGGCACCGCCGUGGGACAGGGACGAGAGGCGGAGGGAAUGCUCCCGCUUGGUAGAGACAUGGCAAAGAGGGUGUACGAUGUGGUUGAAGUAUGGCAAAAGACGAUGAAGGUAUUCGGAGACACAUGCAAUAGUGUUUUCCUCGAGAAAUGA